AAUUUUGUUGGUCAUAAGUACGACAACAACACAACUGAUUUUAUUAAAAAAACUAAAACCUAAUUUAAUCAAAAUCCCUCAAACUUGGGAAACCCUUGUUCCUCAUUGCUCAUUCUUCUUCUUCAACCAAAAAAAUCCACUCUUUCUCACUUCCAAUUUCCCAAAUCAAACCUAACUUUCUCAAAUGACUUCAAAGUUACUCACUUCAAUCCUCCGUAACCACCUCACCAAAAAACCCAAUCUCCUCCGCCGCCAACCGUUUUCCACAGCGGCGGCAGAAGCCUUAUCAGACCCCCCUCAAAACCAUGAAGAAACCACCUCCGGAAUCACCAUGAAAGGUGUCAAAAUCGCCGGCAGACCACUUUACCUCGAUGUUCAAGCAACAUCACCUGUCGACCCACGUGUCCUCGACGCUAUGCUCCCUUUCUAUCUCUCACGGUACGGAAACCCUCACUCUCGUACCCAUUUUUACGGUUGGGAAUCCGAUAACGCCGUCGAACACGCUCGUUCGCAGGUUGCUUCGUUGAUCAAUGCUUCCCCUAAAGAAAUUGUUUUUACAUCUGGUGCUACUGAAUCGAAUAAUAUUUCAAUUAAGGGUGUUAUGCAUUUUUAUAAGGAGAAGAAAAAACAUGUGAUAACUUUGCAAACUGAGCAUAAGUGUGUGCUUGAUUCGUGUCGGCAUCUUCAACAAGAGGGUUUUGAUGUUACUUAUCUUCCUGUUGAGAAGGAUGGGUUGGUUGAUUUGGAGAAGUUGAAAUCGGCUAUUAGGCCGGAUACUGGACUUGUUUCUAUUAUGGCUGUGAAUAAUGAGAUUGGUGUUGUUCAACCUAUGGAAGAAAUUGGGAAAAUUUGUAAGGAGUUUAAUGUUCCUUUUCAUACUGAUGCAGCUCAGGCUUUAGGGAAGAUUGUUAUUGAUGUUGAUAAGUGGAAUGUGAGUUUGAUGUCAUUGAGUGGUCAUAAGAUUUAUGCGCCGAAAGGGAUUGGAGCGUUGUAUCUUAGACGGAGGCCUAGGAUUCGUGUUGAGCCGCAGAUGAAUGGUGGUGGACAAGAGAGAGGGAUUAGGAGUGGGACUUUGCCUACUCCUUUGGUUGUUGGGAUGGGUGCUGCUUGUGAGGUUGCUAUGAAGGAGAUGGAAUAUGAUGAGAAGAGGAUUUCGGCGUUGCAACAGAGGUUACUUAAUGGGAUUAGAAGUAAGCUUGAUGGGGUUGAGGUGAAUGGGAGUAUGGAAAGUCGAUAUGUUGGGAAUCUUAAUUUGUCGUUUGCUUAUGUUGAAGGGGAGAGUUUGCUUAUGGGAUUGAAGGAGGUUGCUGUUUCUAGUGGUAGUGCUUGUACUAGUGCUAGUUUAGAGCCUUCUUAUGUUUUGAGGGCGUUGGGAGUGGAAGAGGAUAUGGCUCAUACUUCUAUUAGGUUUGGUAUUGGGAGGUUCACUACUGAGGAGGAAAUUGACAGGGCGAUUCAUCUCACAGUUCAUCAAGUCGAGAAGUUGAGGGAAAUGAGUCCACUUUAUGAAAUGGUGAAGGAAGGUAUCAACAUCAAGGAUAUUCAAUGGUCGCAGCACUGAUUAUUGAGUGCAGCAAGCGCGGAAGCUAACUGGGAAUGCUUUGGUGUUAUGGGACAGUAUGGUAUUUUGGAGAAUGUUAUUCCUUCAUCUAUGAAGUCUCCAAUCAAUGAUGUUUAUGAAGUACAAGAAUAGCAUUGGGCUUUUGUUUGUUGAGGAGGAUUAAAAAAAUGGUGCAAGUGGGAGCUUGAGUGAUUUGGUGAAAAUAGUGCAAGUGAAUCUGAGGCCAAAAUUUUCUGUUCUCUGUUACUCUCUACUGUAUUUUAAAUUAAUGAAACAACUUAAAGCAGCUUGUGAACACAUGUCGCCAUUUUCUAGUAGGAAUGAAAUCAAAUAAAAACAGAAUUUGUAUUAACAAAGUGAAUGUGAAAGAUAAAUCAAAGCAGUCUGACAUUACCAUUCA